ACCACUGCCCUUCUUUCAUUCUAACCCACUGGAUAUGUCUUAGGUUUUUUCUCUCAUGUGGUAUCAAAGGACGCGCUGGCGGAAUCGCCAGCCACACGAACUGGGACUUUUGAUGCGCGCGUGCGCUUUUUAUUCUGCUGUCUAUGGCGCAGAUAACGAGGAUGCGUGAAAGAACGCAGCCCAGCCCUGUUUUCCUGAAUGCUAUUGAACAUAUUUUCGGAUGAAGAUGAAAUCGGCAUGGUCUAAAUGUUGGUUUCAUCUGGAUUGCUGUGCGGAGAACCCGAAUCGAUAAAGCAAGUGAAAGCAGCACAAUGCUGCCUAGUUGAUUGAUCACUGUGCUCAAUGAGAACAAGGAGAAGCACGGCUUCGAUACGAUGGCUGAGGAGAAUAACCUGAAGACAGCUAGAUUAUGGAGGGAUGCUGCUUUGCGCUCCCGGAAGCUGAGGAGCAAUCUGAGACAGCUGACUCUCAGCACCAAAAACUGCCAGAAAAUUACAUUACCCGAGGACAUAAAGGAGAUCGAGGUCCUCAAUCUGGGCAACAACUCCCUUCAAGAGCUUCCAGAGGGACUGGGCUCAACCCUAACCAGGCUUCGCAUCCUCAUCCUUCGAAGGAACAAGUUUGCAACAGUUCCCACUGCAGUAUUUCAACUUAGUCAGCUGGUUGAAUUAGAUAUCAGUCACAACUGCUUGAACCACUUUUCAGAAGAUAUUGAUCUUCUCAAGGGGCUUAAAAAGUUGUGCAUUAGUCAUAACAAAAUCCAGUACCUGCCAUCUCAGAUUGGGACUUUGCAAAGUCUGGAGGAGCUUGACAUCAGCUUCAACGAGCUGCAUGAUUUCCCCAGGUCCUUUUCACAGCUCAGGAAGCUCAGAACGCUCGAUGUGGAUCAUAACAAGCUACAGCGUUUCCCUUCUGAAAUACUUGCCCUCUCUGAUCUGGAGGAGCUUGACUGCUCUGGGAAUAAACUAGAAGGUCUUCCGGGUAACAUCAUGAUGCUCCAAUCUAUUAAAAUCUUGUGGCUCAGCAGCACUCACCUCUCGUUUUUGCCUGAAACAUUUUGUGAGCUGCAGAACUUGGAGAGCCUGAUGCUUGAUGAUAAUUUCCUCACAAGCCUGCCGCAAUCGUUUGGGAAACUGCAGAAACUGAAAAUGCUCAAUCUCUCCUCAAACUCCUUUGAACAUUUUCCUCAGGUUAUCAUCAAACUCACCAGUUUGGAGGAGUUGUAUUUAAGCCGGAAUAAACUGACGUUCCUCCCUGAGGAGGUAGGACAGCUGUGCAAUCUUGCUAAUUUGUGGUUGGACAAUAAUAGUAUAACGUUUCUCCCGGACUCUAUUGUAGAGCUAGGGAAAUUGGAGGAGCUGGUUUUACAGGGUAACCAAAUCGCCAUCCUCCCAGACAAUUUUGGAAAACUUGCCAAAGUCAACAUCUGGAAGGUGAAGGAUAAUCCUCUCAUUCAGCCCCCAUAUGAAGUGUGCAUGAAGGGGAUCCCCUACAUAGCUGCCUAUCAGAAGGAGCUUGCACAUUCCCAACCUGCUGUAAAACCCAGGCUUAAACUGGUUUUGAUGGGCCAGAAAAAUGCAGGGAAAACCACACUCAGGCAGUGCAUUGUCAACAAACCGUCUGAUGCCAAGAUGGCCAUUGGAUGUAGGGGUAUUGACGUGACGAACUGGGUAGCGGAUGCAGAUCGGAGUCUUACAUUCAUUGUAUAUGAUUUAUCUGGUAAGCAGAACUAUGAUCUUAUCAAACCCUUUUUCCUGUCUCCCGGAGCACUUUAUGUUUUGGUGGUGAAUCUGAAAUUGUAUACAUCAAAGAGCUUCUACUCCCAUGUUGGUGGUUUCCUCCACCUGCUCAGUGCCAAGGUGCCACAUGCAGUUGUGUGCAUUGUAGGCACCCACAGUGACUUAUGUGAAGAGGUUGAGGUUGAAGAAAAGUGCCUGGAUAUUCACAGACAGAUUUCGCUCCAGGAAAAAAUGGACACUGAAUGCCUACAAGUGCUUGCCCUGCAGGUUGACGAAGCCCUUGAGCAAGGUUACGACGUUCGGACUUCUAACCCCCAUGUUCUGUUUUAUGGGGUCACAGAUAAAAACUUGCGACGUAAAAAGUCUCAGUUGCAAUAUAUGCUCAACAAUCGACUACAAAUCCUCUCUCCGGUGAUUUGCGUCAGCUGCAUGAUGGCUCAUAGAAACAUCCAGCAUUUGAAAGAGAAGCUCAUGUCUGUCGCCGAUCACAGGGAGAUUUUCCCCAAUCUUCACAGAGUUCUGCCAAAGUCAUGGCAGAUGCUUGAGGAACUGCAUUUUAAGCCACAGGAUUUAUGGCUUUCCUGGUGGGAUUCGGCCCGGUUUGGCCUUCAGGCUGGGCUGACGGAGGACCGCCUGCAAAGCGCGCUCUCGUACCUACACGAGAGCGGUAAACUUUUGUACUUUGAAGACAGCAUGACGUUGAAGGAAUACGUCUUCCACAAUCUACCCCGAUUUAUCGCCAUCUUGAAUGUGUUUUUUCAGAGAGACCUCGCUGCAAUGCUUGAGAAACUACAGGCUGAAGGAGAUGAUGGAGAUAGCAUCAGGUCUACACAGAUGCACGGUCACGUGGAGGGGUUUCUGUUGCAUGGCUUGCUGCCGUCAAAUGUGAUUCGAUUGUUGCUUAAGCCCCUGGUACAGACACAGCAGGACUUGCACCUGAUCAUGGAACUGCUGGAAAAGAUGGGCGUGUGCUACUGUGUCAACAAACCUCGCAGCAAGCCGCUUAAUGGAGCCACCGUCUGGUAUAAGUUUCCCAGUCAGGUCAGCAACGAGGAGCCCCAUCCUGAGGCCUCGGCCAGCGGGGGCUCAUCGAUCCCUGGUCAGUUCUUCUCGGUUGAGCAGCUGCAGAUUGAAUACAGGUUUCCUUUCUUCACCCCUCUUGGACUUUUUGCACGGUAUAGCGUGCAAAUCAACAGCCACGUGGUGCAACGGUCCGAUGGAAAGCAUCAUAUCUUUGCCUAUCGGGGUAAAGUGCCUGUGACGGUGAGUUACCGGCCCUCACGGAGCAGAUUGCAGCCUGAGACCCUCUACAUUUCCAGCCAUGCAUCCUUGCCAAAUAUCUGGACAGCUUGGCAAGCCAUUAUUCCCUUAGUGGAGGAGUUAAAUGUUCUUCUGCAGGAAUGGCCUGGCCUUCACUACUCUGUGCAUGUCCUGUGUUCCAAGUGCCUGAAGAGAGGGUCCCCCAAUCCACAUUCCUUUCCAGGUGAGCUGUUAAGCCAGCCCCGACCUGAGGGACUUACUGAGAUCAUCUGCCCCAAGAAUGGCUCGGAGCGGGUCAACGUGGCACUAGUUUACCCUCCAACCCCGACUGUGAUCAGCCCCAGUCAUAAAUAACAUUGACUUCACCUGCACUGAAUGGCCUCCACGAACCGCUGCACCUCUUUUCCCUAUAUCUUAUAUGACACAAAUAUAUGUGUGUGUUUGUGUGCGCCCUGCUUUCUUGAUGCCUCUGUCCUUCAUCCCACAUCUGAGGGGGUUGAUGGACCACCGGAUACCUGACAAGUGUAAAGAAGGUUCAUAAUGGAAGCUUGCCAUUGGAGGCCGUCAUAUCAGGACACACUUACAGGUGUUCAGCUCCGACUGCCAACACACGAUGAACUGAAAGUAUUAGAAACUGUUGCACUGACAUCCUGUUUUUGUCUAUGUACACCUAAAGCUUUUUCAGUCACCCUGAGCCUUCCACAACGAUUUAAGCCUUUCAGUUCAACGUGAGAUCAGACAUUUCUCUUCAAGUUCUUGGACGUUCCCGUUUGUUGCAUCUCUUGGACUGAAAUCUUGUGCUGCUGGGUGCCUAGUGGUUAAGCUGACAGAGAAUGAAAGCUAAAGGACACUGUUUCCUCUCAGACAUAAGACAGACUUUGAUUAGCGAGGUUAGAUGUUAGACUGAUGCUUUAAAUGAUGUUGUAUUUUAAAUGCAUGCCUCUAAAAUGCAAAAAUUAUUAUUAAAUGACAUACAUGGAUAAAUGCACUAGCCCAGACCUCUUGAGAGGUUUAGUCUUAUCAAACAUAAAAGGACAGAAUUGUUGGGCAUAAAUCUAUUUAUUGGUUUUCUGCUCACAGACAGACACAUUGUGUUAGUAUUGGAUAGAGAUAUGCAGACAUUUCAAAUAAUUUUUUUGCAGCCAAAGAUA